CCUGCCCUGUGCCGCCGACGCAAGUCUGCGUUUACUUUUGAAUUCACGCCCAUCAUGGCAACCGCAGCUCCCGCACUUUUCGAACCUCUCCAAGUCGGCGCCGUGACACUCCGCCACCGUGUCGUCCUCGCGCCUCUGACGCGUUACCGCGCUAGCGCCGUGGAAGGCGACGACGAGAGCAUUGCCACGGACAUCAUGGCGACAUACUACGGCCAGCGCGCGUCUCCCGGCGGUUUGCUCAUCUCCGAGGCGUCUCCGAUCUCUCCCGAAGGCCGACCGAACAUCCUGGCACCGUCCAUCUACACCCCGUUGCACGCGGCUCGAUGGAAGCCCGUGACCGACGCGGUGCACGCCAAGGGCGGAUUCAUCUUCCUCCAAAUGUGGCACGUAGGUGCAUGGUCUCACUCUGGUUUUGACGUGAAGGGCCGCCCGCCGGCGUCGUCGGCCGAGUUCGACAUGGAGCCUGGCACGGGUCGGUUCAACACCCGCGACGGACUAAAGCCGCGCGACCCCAAGACGCGCAUGUUGAGUACCGACGAGAUCGCGGAACUCAUUCAGCAGUACGUGCGUGCGGCCAAGCUGUCCAUCGAAGCAGGUUUCGACGGGGUGGAGAUUCACGGCGCCAACAGUUACCUCCUUGACCAGUUCAUCAGCGACCACAUCAACACCCAGCGCACCGACCAAUACGGCGGCUCGUUGGAAAACCGCCUCCGCCUGCCAGUGGAGAUCGCAACCGCCGUCGCCGCCGCCAUCGGCGCCGACCGCACCGGCAUCCGCUUCAGUCCGUACGUGAGCAUCCAGGGCAAGCAAGACAGCGACCCGAUCAAUACAUGGACCACGCUACUCAAGAAGCUCAAUCCACUCAACCUGGCGUACGUCCACUUGGUGGAGCCCCGGAUCCCCGGAAGCUGGGACCGCGUGCCCAACCCCGAGGAGCUCAACUUGAGGCCCUUUCGCGAAGCCUACGACGGCGUCCUGAUCGUCGCGGGCGGGCACUCCGCGGCCACGGCGGAGGCGGCCGUCAAGCGUGGCGACGCCGACCUCGUCGCGUUUGGCCGCGACUUUAUCUCCAACCCAGACCUGCCCAGCCGCAUCGAGCACGGCCACCCGUUCACGCCCUACGACCGCACGACGUUUUACACCCCCGGCGAGGUCGGCUACACCGACUACAAGACGUGGGAACAGCUCCAGUCGGAUAAGCACGACACGGCUGCUGACACGAGCGACGUGCCGGCCCCUUAACCCUAUGUGUGAAUCCAUGUUGUCGAGGUAGUAGUACUGUACGCGGUACAGUAACGUUUACACUGUAAAGUUCAAGUACAAAUCGCAUGCGAUUUACCCUGGC